CCGGGUCACGUGAGCACCGCGGAAGCAGCAGUCGACGUUCAGAUGCGGAAGAGAGACCAACCCUCGGGAUGUCUAGCGAUUAAAAGAGUUCUAAUACAACCCUAAUGUAGCUGGAGACGAGGCGAGAAAGGAGUCACAAGGGUCUAAUAUUAUAUCUCAACGCAGCCGGAGAGCUUUGAGCGACAGAAGCAGGUCUAAUGGCGGGCGGAAAUCUCCAGAAAGCGAUAGAUCUGGCCAGCAAAGCGGCUGAGGAGGACAAAGCCAAAAACUACGAGGAGGCUCUGAGAUGCUAUCAGCACGCUAUACAGUACUUCCUGCAUGUUGUCAAAUAUGAGGCGCAGGGCGAGCGAGCGAAGCAGAGCAUCAGGGCCAAGUGUGCCGACUACCUGGACAGAGCCGAGCAGCUGAAGGUGUACCUGAAGGACAAGGAGAAGACUCCUCCGGCGAAACCUGUCAAAGAGUCUGGGGAUAAGGGGAACGAAAGUGAUGAUGCGGAUGGGGAUGAUGCGGAGAAGAAGAAAUUCAAAAAUCAGCUCUCAGGUGCCAUUGUGAUGGAAAAGCCGAAUGUUAAGUGGAACGAUGUUGCAGGACUGGAAGGAGCCAAAGAAGCCUUAAAAGAAGCCGUGAUCCUACCAAUCAAAUUCCCUCAUCUGUUCACAGGCAAGCGCACUCCAUGGCGGGGGAUCCUGCUGUUUGGUCCUCCAGGAACAGGGAAGUCCUACCUGGCCAAGGCGGUGGCUACAGAAGCAAACAACUCCACCUUCUUCUCCGUCUCCUCCUCUGACCUGGUGUCCAAGUGGCUGGGGGAAAGUGAAAAGCUGGUGAAGAACCUGUUCGCUUUGGCCCGAGAAAACAGACCGUCGAUCAUUUUCAUCGACGAGAUCGACUCCCUCUGUGGCUCCAGGAGCGAGAACGAGAGCGAGGCCGCCCGCAGAAUCAAGACAGAGUUCCUCGUUCAGAUGCAAGGUGUUGGGAAUGAUAACGAGGGAAUCCUGGUCCUGGGAGCCACCAAUAUUCCUUGGACACUGGACUCAGCCAUCAGAAGAAGGUUUGAAAAGCGCAUCUACAUUCCUCUGCCGGAGGCUCAUGCCCGCUCCUUCAUGUUCAAGCUGCACCUGGGCUCCACCCCCAACGAGCUGACAGACGAGGACUUCGUCACUCUGGGCAACAAGACGGAAGGCUACUCCGGAGCAGACAUCAGUGUAAUCGUCAGGGACGCCCUCAUGCAGCCUGUCAGGAGGGUUCAGUCAGCAACUCACUUCAAAAAGUUUCGAGGUUCCUCAUUUAACAAUCCCGGCGUGGUGGUGGAUGACCUGCUGACGCCGUGCUCACCCGGAGAUCCCGGCGCCAUAGAGAUGACGUGGAUGGACGUUCCCGGGGAUAAGCUUCUAGAGCCCGUGGUGUCCAUGGCGGACAUGCUCAGGUCUCUGAGCAGCACCAAGCCCACGGUCAACGAGCAGGACUUGGACAAGCUGAAGAAGUUUACCGAAGAUUUUGGUCAAGAAGGCUAAUCUACUAAAGAGGGGACUUCGGUUAACGUUCUAGCAGCCAUACUUUAACGUGCCAAUCCGUAGGUCAGCCAAAUCUAAGAAAUGGACGAUUCUCGUGAGAGGUCCGAAGGAACUUUAAUGUUUACCUUUCCACCUGUUCCACUGAAGCUUGACUUUCCAAAUAUAACUCUGCGUCUUUGCACCUUUUAUAACACUACAGGCGUCACCACAUGUAAGGUGGAUUAUUUUUGCACCGAAGAAACUUUGUUUCCAGGUUUACUUUUAUGAAUGAUUGUUUAUAUUUACAGAUGUCGCCCUCUUUAUAAACACAAAAUCACUUGUUUUAUUUAAUUCCAGAGGAUUACUUUCAGCUUUUGGGGUUUUGUUGUUUCUGAAAUCAAUCAGUGUGUUCAGUGAAGCUUUUAAAGCCAUUUUCUGAAUUAUGUUUGUGCAUUUUAUUUUUUUCAUGGUCCUGUUAUUGUAGAUACUGCAGUUGGUCACGUUUUGAUCAAUGUGUUUAGAUGGUGACUUUGGGGUCAAAAUAUUUUAAGGAUUUCUUUCAGUUUGUCGACAUGUUAAAAAAUCUGAGGUCACUUCUUGCAUCUUCUCCUGUUCUGUGAACAAGACUCAGGGUUAAAUAAACAUUAUGCAAAUCA